CCCAAUCAGACAGGUAGGGCGGCACUCCAACGGGUUGUGACGUGACAACCUGAUAUUUCAGACGCCGUACAUUCCAGUAUAUAAGAGUCGCCAGGAGGAAGUGGACCCAUACCUCCACCAGCACUACCACACUACCACAGCCGCCGCCAUGAGGACUGCUGUGUUUCUCGCCGCUGUGGCUAUCGUGGCCACCGCCCCCGCCACGCCGCCGAAGGAAGAGGAAGUGAAGGAGGAGGAGGAGGAGAAGCGACCCAUCGUGAUCCUGCUGAACGAACGCACGCCGCCGGAGGGAGCCACCUACGCCUUCGCAAUAGAGACGGAGAACGGCAUUUCCUUCAGCGAGGUGGGCGUGCCGGGAAGCAACGGCCAGGCCAACGUGAAGGGCGUGUACAGGUACCUGAAGGAGGACGGCACAGUGGCUGAGGUGCGCUACGUGGCCGACGAGGGAGGCUUCAGGCCCGAGUCAGCUCUCCUUCCCAUUGCUCCACCUUUCCCUCACCCCAUCCCACUCUUCGUCCAGGAGCAGAUCGCCUUCGCAGAGGAGCAGCGUCGCUUGAAGGCACUCCAGAAGCAGAAGGAGGAGGAGGAGGAGCAGGAGAAGGAACAGCCGCAGCAGCAGGUGGAAUAGAUCACAGGAGGAAGGUCAGGUGGUGUGUGUCUGGACAGGUAACACAGGUGAAGGUCGGGUCGAGUUGCCUGCUUCAUGUUCUUAGCGACUGAUUAGUUUUCCCCGCGCCUCUGUGAUUAGCAUAAUGUAUCUUCUUCACUUUCAAUAAACCUGAUUAUCAAAAA